AUGGCAUCAGCCUCAUUGCGCGCCGCGAGUACCAAUCUUUUCAACCGCACUGUCCAUGUUAAAAUAUACCCCUCUGCGAGAACAUUUGCGGAAAGGAGAGAGGUGCUAAAGGUUCUGGAGAAGUUUGGUCAGGUUACUAUGCUUACCAGUUUGAAGCACCACCCAGUCGCCCCCGUUCAAAACGCAUUUAUUACCAUCUUCAGUUCCGAGACUGCGGCGCAGGAAAUCAUUAAUGCGAGUCCGGUGCGCUUUCGAUUAAUUGUUGAGCCCGAUCCGUUGGCCUCGUCUCCUGUGCCCCAGAACUCGUCUUCUGGUGGGAUUAAACCACCUGCGCAAAAACCAAUUGAAAAGGUCUUUUCUCUUUCUCUCAACAUCACUCGCUACACUCACGAUCAAUAUAUUUCUCAUCCCCUCACAAAUCCUAUGUAUGGCCCCUUUAAACCCAUCGAUCCGAAGAGAUCGGGAAUUGCGGCGCAUUUGAGUAAAGGCCUAGAAUCUAGUAUGUGGAGUAAAGGAUUGGCGGAUUGGGAGAGUGAUAUGGGGAAGAAGAGUGCGUGGAAUGAAGGGGGGAAAGAUGAGGGUAAAGGGGGAGAAGAAGGAGGUGGGGGGAGCAGGAGCAUUAUGAGGGCCGAUACGUCGAGUACGAGUGUGCCGCUGAGGUUGGUUGGGAAAGAUUUGGAUAUUCGGAGGGAGGGGAGGCCGAGGAUUAUGGAUGGGUUGCUGGGGCUGAUUGGGGAGGGAAAGGGGUGA